ACACCCACAAUUCAAUUUUGUCAUCUAGUCUUAAAAUUCUCUUUCUUGCAUAGCAUUUUUUUUCUCUCUCUCUAAAAUCAUCUCCCUGUCUGUUGUAGGUUACAAAUUGAUAAUUUUUUUUCUUCUGAGGAAAAUUUUUCUUUGUACAUAUCUAGAAGAUUUACAUGGCUACCAACAAGUUUGCAACCAUGUUGCAUAGAAAUACCAACAAAAUCACAGUGGUUCUUGUCUAUGCCAUCCUUGAAUGGAUUCUGAUCAUCCUCCUUCUUCUAAAUUCCCUCUUUUCUUAUCUGAUAAUGAAGUUUGUGGAUUACUUUGGUCUCAAAAGGCCCUGCAUAUGGUGUUCAAGGAUUGAUCACAUCAUAGAGCCUGAAAAUAACAAGUGUUCUUGCAGGGAUCUCGUGUGUGAAGCUCAUGCUAUUGAGAUUUCCAAACUGGGUUUCUGCUUGAACCACAGAAAACUUGCUGAAUCAGAAAGUAUGUGUGAGAAUUGCUCAUCUUCGUGUCGCCCAGAGUUUGUGAACUUGUCCCAGAGUUUUGGCCACUUUCCAUGGAUGCAGCAAAAGGGUAUGGUUCAUGGUUCUGAUGAUAAUAACAAGGUACUUGACAAUGGGAUGGAGCCUUUGAGGUGUUCUUGUUGUGGUGACAACUUUGUUAGCAAGUUUUACCUGUUCAGAGAUAAGCCUUCUUCGAGGGUUUUCGAUUGUACCCAGAAAGAGAAUUUGAUUAGUGAAAGUGAGGUUGAGACAGAGGUUGAUGAGGGCCAUCAUAACUCAGAUUAUGGCAGAGAUGAUUUUGUGGCGCUUCAUCCUCCUGAAGAGGCACAGAACACUGUAGAGAAAAGGGGAAGCGACAUUGUUUUUUAUGUUGCGGAGUGCUCAGGUAGAGGAGGAAAGGAGGAAGAUGAUGUGAGUAUUUGUUUUGUGCGGCAUGGUGACAAAGAAAUUGUGUAUGGUGAAAACUUCAACCUGGGUUUAGACACAGAGAAAGGGAAAGAAGAACCAAUUGGAGAGGAAACUUUGAAUGUCCAACCCUGUGAGGAGACCAGUCAUCAACUUUCUUGCUCUAAUGAGAUCACCGAACUGGUUCCACCCAAACAUUUGGAAUUUUUCAUUCAUGGUGAUGAUUGCCUUUUGAUUCCUGUUGAAUAUGGUAGUUCCUUUGCCACAGAAAGGCAAAAUCAACUUAGAUAUAAGGUGGGGGAUGACGGGCUUGGUGGAGAUGAAGAUGUUAUUUUGGAUUUUGAUUUAAAUUCUAGUGCAGAAUCUGAACCUGUUAUUGAGAAUUGGCACACUCCAUUGCAUACUGUGCCAGUGUCUCCAGGUAAGAGAUUAGAAUCAAUAGUAGAUGAAGAAAAUUUGGAGCAAAACUGUCAAGUGGUGAAGUUAGCUCCAAUAACUGAAGACUCAAGAGUGAAUGGUUAUGUUGAUGCAAACAUGAAAGGAAGAGAUGAGGAAUUAUGUUCAGUUGUACCACAAGUGUCUGAAGAUGCAACACAAAUGCGUGAUGAUGAAUUAAGAGAAGAAGUCUCAACUCAAAAUCAAGACUUUAUUCUGAAAUCCAAUGAAGAAGUGCAAGAAAUCUCAUCUUGUAACACAACUACUUUUACUGUCCAUGAUGAUGGUGAGAAUCUACAUCAGCCACACAAGAUGCUACUACUUCUUGGAAGAAAAGAAUCGGAAACAGAAGAAUCAUUGGAAGUAAGUGCUAUAUGUGAUACAGAAUAUGGUGAGUUGACAAUUGAGAAGUUGAAAUCAGCACUGAAAGCUGAAAGGAAGGCCUUAAAUAGUCUAUAUGAUGAAUUAGAAGAAGAGAGGAGUGCAUCUGCAAUUGCGGCAAAUCAAACAAUGGCAAUGAUAAAUAGGCUUCAGGAAGAGAAAGCAGCAAUGCGGAUGGAAGCUUUGCAGUAUGAGAGGAUGAUGGAAGAACGAUCUGAGUAUGACCAGGAAGCUUUGCAGCUUUUGAAUGAACUUCUGAUAAAGAGGGAGAAAGAAAAACUUGAGCUAGAAAAUGAGCUUGAAAUAUAUCGAAAAAAGGUUUAUGAAUAUGAGUUUAGAGAAACUAUGAUAAUACCAAGAAGAGAAAGUAACAUAAGAAGCAGAACUUCUCCUUCUUGUAGCAAUGCUAGAUAUAGUGAUGAACAUGAACUACCUAUUGAUAAGAGUCGAUACACAAGCCAAGAAAAUGGUAUUUAUAGCCAUCAAGAAGAGUUCAGAAGCCAGAACACUUCCGAAGAUGAUGUUAUAUAUUUGGAGGAAUCAUUGGAAAACUUGGAGGAAGAGAGGUUAUUGAUUCUCGAACACCUGAAGAUGCUGCAAGAAAAGCUUGUUAUCUUGAAUUGUGAAGAAGAGUAUUUUGAUGGUAUUAAAUCAGUAGAACAUCUUUGUGAAGAGAAUGCAAAUGAAUACCAAGACAAUAAUGGUUACAUAGGUCAGAUAAAUGGAUUAGCAAAUGGUAAGCACCGUGAUGGAAUGCAAACAAUGUGUACAAAAGGCGAGAGGGUUCUCCCAGUCUAUGAUGAAACAGACACAGAAGCAGAAAACGGGGUCAUGAGCAAUGGUUUAGAUUUUACUUCCUUGCAAAAUAGUUCAGAUGAAAAGGUCCAAUUAGAGAAGAAAACUUUCAAAGUAGAAGUGAAGGUGGAUCAUGUUCAUGAGAGACUCCAAGCUCUGGAGGCAGAUAAAGCAUUUUUAAAGCACUGUAUCAUAUCCUUGAGGAAAGGGGAUAAGGGUUUAGAUCUUAUCCAAGAAAUUUUGCAGCAUCUUCGUGAUCUUAGGAAUGUGGAACUCAGAAUCAAGAACAUUAGAGACACUGCUGUGCAAGAACUCAAUUAGUUAUUCCAAACAGAUAAUUGGUGAGACAUACAUUAGAAUAUAAUAGAUUUCUAUGGUUUAUCGUCUAAGAGAGCAUUUACUGAUGUAUUGAGGCCUUGCUAAUUGUAGCUAUCACAUCUAUGCUAUGUUGGAAAUGAUGUAGAAACUGGAAAUCAAGCAUGCAUACACAUACACAACUUUUGUCCCUACAUAGAUAUGGACAAUAGAUACAAUGCAUCACAUCAACUUAACCUAAUAAUUGAAAGCUACUUGAUGGAAAGAGAAGAAUCAUGGUAUGGCCAAGUUGACACAAUGGUCAUGGACAAAACUAACUUUUGUGGACAAUAUCCAUCAUUACCUUAUGGAAAAAAGGUUGAUGAUAUGCAUAAUUAUUGUUUCUAUAGCAAGGUGAAACCACCCUGGCACUUGUAUUUUAUGAGUAAAGGCCAGGCUAGCAAUGCAGGAGAAAUCCAACUAAGAUUCUGGGGCAGUCUCCAAGAUGAUGUUCAUUAGACAGACAGAAUGAGGGCCACUUUUUGUCAGUUUUUUUAACCUUUUUUGGGGAGAGAGAAGAGAAUAAAGAGGUAUCCUCUUCCUUUUCUCUUUAUCAUCUUUUUGCAUUAUUCAUCUGAGAGCUUUGUUUGUUUCUAAGCGGGAAAGAGUGAGUCAUCACUUCACUCAACUUCUGUAUAGUAAAGAAAAUAUAUAAUGUGUUCAUUUGUAAUCAUAUAAAAAGUUAGUGUUUGUCUA